AUGGCUGCGGCCGCGGUUUCGACAUGCUUCCCCGGAAGCUGGGCAGAAGGCGCAUAUGGUUGGAGAACAGCUCGGCAAUCGACGACUGGGUGGGAUGAGGACGACGUGCGCGUCCGCUUGCGCAUGAUUGCGCGCGCAUGGGAAUUUGCACUGCGAAAUGCUCAGACGUCAUACCAUCAGCGACCCCUCAGAACCACGUUUGACAUAUCGAGCCCGUUGACAGCACCAGAAUGCGGCCCGCGAUGGUCGCGACACUUUACCCCGCCACCCGAAGCAUCUGAAUCAUCAGAACAAGUAAUGGACCCUACACAUUCUGGCGCUUCUGCAAGUCGACGACCCUCCGAUUUUUCAUUCUUCGUCCGACCUCAGACCUCGAAGGCUGAAACCAGGGAGAAACGUGGCAGCGAUGCGAUAUUCCGGGAUCCAUCUCACGACUUUUUGAUCGAUUUUGGUUCAGAAGAAGGCUUCAUGCAGGCCGCAAAGAAGAAGAAGAAGGCGCCGGCCAAGGCUCCUGCGAAUAACAACACGAACAACAACAAUGAUGACGAUCCAAAGAAAGAGGAUGAAGGUGCUGGCGACGGAGGUGACCAGGGAAGUGGCGAUGCGCCCAAAGGUGAUGGUGCAGCAGGCGACGGUGACGGCGGCGACAAAGAGAAAGAAACACCACCGGCGGAGGACCCACCGGCGGAGGACGAUUGGGGUUUCGCGACUGCCAAAUCCAAGAAGAAGGGCAAAAAGGGCAUCUCUGACGAACCCCCUACGAUUCCGGCAUCAAAUAUGGACGCUUUUGACGAGAUCAAGUUAGACGACUCGGGCGGCGGCGGCGGCAGCGGCACGCUAGACGCCGAUUCCGGUUCUACAGACAACAAGUCAAGUUCGGGCGGAUGGGGAUCAGGUUGGGGUGCAGGGAUUGGGAGCGGCUGGGGUUGGUCUGGGGCUAGCAAAACUACAGCCGCAACAACCCCUGCUGAGGCCAAGGAAGAGAUCGGAUCAAAUCCCUGGGGUCUGAGCACGUCAAAAUCUAAAAAGAAGGGCAGCGCCUUGGGCUUUAGUUUCGGCGAAGAGGAGAAACCAGCAGAACCGGAACCAGAACCGGAACCCGCUCCUAAAGAAGAAGAGAAAAAGGAUGACCCAUGGGGCGCAUUCUCUACCACGACGUCCAAGAAGGACAAGAAGAAGAAGAAAGCGAACAUCUGGGAUCCCCUGCCAGAAGAGGAGAAGAAAGAGGAACCGCCAAAGGAAGACACUCCAGCAGACGAUCCAUGGGGUUCAUGGGGUGGUACUACGACCAAAAAGAAGGGCAAGAAGGAUGAGCCCACGCCUGAGCCUGAGCCACCCAAAGAACCGGAACCGGAGCCUGAGCCGGAGAAAAAGGAUGACCCUUGGGGCUUUAGUACACCCCUCUCCAAGACCGAAAAGAAGAAGAAGAAGAAGGGUCUUCUCGCUGACCCAGAGCCUGAACCGGAACCGCCCAAAGAGGAGAAGAAGCAGGACGAUAUCUGGGACUCGUGGGGUUUCGGCAAGAAGAAGAAGGACGAGCCAGCACCGGAGCCUGAGCCUGAACCUGUCCCAGAACCGGCGCCUGAUCCGCCAGCAGCGGCAAAUGAUCCUUGGAGCUGGGGUUCAUCAGCGACCAAAAAGGACAAGAAAAAGAAGAAGGGUCUUCUGGCCGACCCAGAACCUCCCAAAGAACCUGAUCCUCCUCCAGAACCCGAACCAGAACCAGUCCCGGAACCGGAGCCGGAGCCGGAGCCGGAGCCAGAGCCGCCGAAGGUCGAAGUAGAUCCAUUCGCUGGAUUGACUAAGUCGCAGAAGAAGAAGAAGAAGGCCGAGAUGGCAGCGGCGGCCGCAGCCGCAGCCGAGGCUGAAGCUGCGAAAGAGCUGGAUCCACCCCCAGAACCCGAACCGGUGCCUGAACCUCCGCCUCCUGCGCCUGAGCCCGAACCCGAGCCGGAAAAGAAGAGCGAUCCCUGGGGGUUUACUACUUUGUCCAAAACGGAGAAAAAGAAAAAGAAAAAGGGACUUCUUGCUGAACCCGAGCCUCCAAAGGAACCCGAGCCCGAGCCUGAGCCCGAGCCUGAACCAGAGCCUGAACCAGAGCCUGAACCGGCGGAAGAAGGCUUUUGGGCCAGCCUGGGAACUUCAAAGAAGGACAAGAAGAAGAAAAAGGACAAGGCAGAGCCGGAGCCAGAGCCCAUUCCCGAACCAGUCCCUGAGCCUCCGGUGGCCGAGCCUGAACCGGAACCUGAGCCACCAGCAGAGAGCGACUGGACCUUCGGUCUUUCUAAGAAGGACAAGAAGAAGAAGAAGAGCAAAUCAGCCGAUUCCGAACCCGAACCCGUUCCUGAGCCGGCGCCUGACCCGCCAGUUGAGGAACCCAAGACUGAGCCUGCCGCCGAUGACUGGGCCGACUGGGGCCAGAAAAAGGACAAGAAGAAGAAGAAGAAGGGCGAUGACAUGGCUCUGGUUGAAUUUGGCGGAGAAGAAGAAGCCGCACCCGCUGAGGAGGCUCCUCCCGCCGUGCCAGACGUGUCGGAAUCACUGGGUGGCGAAGGCUUCUUUAGCUCCUGGUUUACUGGUAAAAAGAAGAAGAGUGAUGACGCCGACGCUUCUAUGAGGCCAGAUGCCAUUGAAGAACCGGCAGAUGACACCUGGGCGCUAUCCUCUUCUAAGAAGAAGAAAGAUAAGUCAAAAAACGAGCCUGUGGAGGUCAUGGAUGAGGAGCCAAGCAUGGAUUCCAUGCAGCCUGACUCGGUUGAGGAAACUAAAGACAAGGCAGAUGAUGAUGACUGGGCUGCCUGGGGUUCCUCAAAGAAGAAGAACAAGAACCGUAAGGACAUACUCGCCGACCCUCCACCGCCAGCUCCCACCCCUCCCACAAUGGACUUGACUGAGCCUGAAGCAGACCCUGAACCAGAGAAAGAGAAAUCCAGCUUCUGGGGCGACUUGACUUCUUCCAAAUCCAAAUCCAAGGACAAGGACAAGGAUAAGGAGAAGUCUAAAAAGGAGCCUAAACUGAGCGAGAAGGAGCUAAAGAAGCUCGAAAAGGAGAAGAAGAAAGCCGAGAAGGAAGAGGCAGCGCGGAAGGCUCAAGAAGAAGAAGAAGCAGCGGCAGCUGCCGCCGAACAGGCUGCCAAAGAGGAGGAGGAACGUCUCGCUCGAGAAGCUGAAGAAGCCGCCGCUGCCGAGGCUGCCGAAGCCGCCGAGAAAGCUCGAAUCGAGGAAGAAGAAGCCGCGAAAGCUGCAGUCGAGGCCGCUCGCAUUGCCGAAGAAGACGAACAAUUCGCGGCUUUGGAGGCCAAGAAGCUUAAGAAAGGCAAAUUGACCAAGAAGGAUCAGGCAGUCUACGAUAGACUGAAGGAAGCUGUGGAUCAACGCGCCGCCGACCAAGCAACUGCGGAAGCCGAGGCUGAAGCUGCCGCCGCCGCCGCCGAAGCUGAAGCUGAAGCUGAAGCUGAAGCCUCUCGCAUAGCAGAGGAGGAACGGCUUGCUAAAGAAGCCGAAGAAGCUGCAGCCAAAGAAGCAGAGGAGCAGGCGGCUCGGGAACGAGAAGAAGCCGAGGAAGUGGCUAAGAAAUCUAAGAAAAGCUCCAAGUUGGAGAAAGAAUCCAAGUCCAAGUCCAAAUCUAAAGAAAAAGAAAAGGAGAAGGAGAAGAAAGAGAAGGAUAAGAAGAAGGAUAAGAAGGACAAGAAAGGAAAGGAUAAGGACAAGGAGGAAGAAGAGGAGGAGCCGCAAGAAGUCCCGCCAGAGGUCAACGAGGAUAUCGACAAGGACGACGACCUGGGCGACAUCGAGCUCACCGAAGAGCAAGUGGAGGAGCUUCUGGCCGAUCCUACAUCGCCGCCGCCGCCACCAGUCCCAGAGUCCAAGGCAGCCAAUGAUGCGUUUAGCUUUUGGGGACUUGGUAUGAAGAAAUCGUCUAAGAAAGAAGGUGCGAACUUCGGCUGGAAUGACACGAGUACCUCAUCCGCCAUAAACAACGAUGCCCCGACCUGGACGCAACCGUCUCCGGCUCGUAAGGCUAUGGGAAGCAAGAUUGCUGACAGAUUAAAAGCAUUUCAACCGCCGUCACCGCCGCCGCCUGAGGACGAACCCGCGCCCGUUGUCGAAGAGGAACCACCUGCAGAGGAGCCCGUCCCGGAGGAACCCGUACCCGAGGACCCUGUACCUGAGGAGCCCCCGUCGCCGCCCGUGGCCCUGUCGAAGGAAGAAAGAAAACGACUCAAGAAGGAAAAGAAGCGCGCUGAGGCUGAGGCUGCUGCUGCUGCCGAAGCUGCUGCUGCUGCGCCGCCGCCCCCGCCGCCUGCGCCCGAAGAGCCACCUUUGGUUGAUGGUGAGGAAGUAGCUGACGAAAACAAAUCAUCUGAACCUCCAGGCGCGUUCCCUGCCGAUGAGGAUGAAAACGACAUCAUUGAAGUGAUUGAGAUGCCGGUUGAGAAAAAGAAGAAGAAGAGCAAGAAGAACAAGGAGAGGAACAUUCUCGCUGAGGACAUACCUCCACCGCCGGCUCCGCCACCACCCCCAGCUGUCCCGGAGGCGCCUGCCCCUGACGAGCCCGCUGAUGAACCCGCUGAAGACCUUGCUGAAGAGCCUGUUGCCGAGGAGAUCAUUUCACCUCCUCCCGAACCAAGGUCUUCUAGGAAGGAACGUACCAAGAUUAGCCGUGAAGGAUCGACUUCAUGGGGGAUGUGGUCAGCUUCGGCCUCUCACGAUAAGGAUAGAGAGAGAGACCGCGACCGGGAUCGCGACAGAGAAAGGAAGUCCAAGUCCAAGUCUGAAAGGCGUGAGAGGAAACACGCCUCUGCCGAAAAAGAAGAACGGAAGAGUUCUUCCAAGGGCUCAAGCUCCGACAAGGCCGAUCGCGCCGAGAAGGAUAUGGAGACGCCAGCGCCGGCACGCCCGAAGCUAAUGUCCAUGUUCAGUACCCCACCAAUUUCCCGAUCUGCCGACACUCGGGAUCGGCGGCAUGGAUCCGGCCGGCCGUCCCGUCGUCACUCGCUUGAUGUUACUGGCUUAGUGUCACCUCCUCCGGAAGAGGCACCACCUAUCUCCUCAAAGGCUGCCAAAGUUCUUGGCGUUGACAAGUCCAGCAGUCGGCGACGCAGGCGUGCCCCUACAGAAGACGAAGACAUCGUUAUGGUGGGGGCCAAUGGGGAUGGAGAAGACAUGAACCCUCCCAAGUCGUCUCGUCGGCGCUCUAAAUAUCCCAAGGAAGAUGACAUCGUCAUGGUCGAUACCGACGGCCCCGCCGAGCCACCCCCCAUGAAGCGGUCCAAUUCCAGCGCCAAGAAGGGCCUUGGGGGACUAUUUAGCGGUCUCAGAACGCCCAAGCAGGACCGCCCAGAACCACCACGACGGCGACACACGUAUGCCACUGACGACGAGGCUAGACGUGAACGCCGCAGAGGGGCUGCUGUUGAAGCCGAAGAGGCGGAGCCCGUAACCAUGCCGGAUAUGGACCAAGAAGCCCGCCGCGCUGCUCGUCGAGCUCGUCGAGCAGCUCGAGAAGCUGAGGCUGCUGGAGUUGCUGAUCAAGAUGGUGAUGAGGCACGUCGUGCGAAGGACGAGGCAAGACGUGAACGUCGUCGCCGACGUGAAGAGGAGGAUGCCGAAACACGUCGACGAGAAGAGAGGGAGGCCCGACGCGCAGAACGACGAGCAGCUCGUCAACGCGAGGAUGAAGAGCGCAGGGCGGCAGACGAAAAGGAGGCUGAACGAGCCGAGCGGCGACGGCGUCGAAAGGAACGCGAAGCUGCUGCUGCCGCUGCAGAAGCCGACGCAGAGGCGAGGCGAGCAGCCCGAGAGGAACGUCGUCGUGCCCGUGAGAUGCGUGAAGCAGCACCAGUCGACGAGGAAGAGGCUCGCAGAGCCAGACGAGAAGCAAGGCGUGCUGCUCGUGCCGCCGCAGAAGCGACCGAUGGCGAAGAGGUCCGUCAUCGCAGCAGCCGCAGGCGAUCCACCCGCGAAUCAGGCGAUGAGGCCGUGUACUCGUCACGUCACAGAUACCGGCGUGACGAGGAAACAAAGCCGGCUUGGCCUCACUCCGGGACCUCUUCGUGGGUCAAGGAACACUCCGACGCGGGUCCACCCCCGGAAGACGGCGGACAAACUGAUGCCGUGCCUCAGACGGAGGACGAAGCCGCUCGCCGUGAGCGACGAGAACGACGUCGCCGGGCCCGGUACGAAGAGGGCACUGCCGACGAAGCUGACGAUCGCCGCCGUAAAGCUCGACGCGAGGAGCGUGAGAGGCGAUACGGAGGCAGUGGUGGCGGUGGCGGCGGCGGCUCAGAAGGUAGUGACGAACGCCGCCGACAAGCCAUGUUCUCGGAUGCGACACCUCGCAGCAGCUGGUGGCGGAAGCUGACCGGAUGA